UUUCACUUUUGAGACUGGUAGCCUAUAUUCCUUUUUUAUUUCAAUUCCAAACUUGGUAAUUAAGUAAUAUUUUUCACUGGGUUGUCCACGUUUAUAUAACCUGCAUAAAACAACACGGUAAGAACGCACGCCGCGAAGUAUCUAAAGGUAAGGUACAAACAGUUUCCUCACGAUGUCUCCAUAUUCAAAGAUGAUAACACCUUGAGGUAGGGCCAGGGUUUGAGGCACAGGUUGCCCUGCUUUCUUCAAUAAAACACCACAAAUGUGGGGAAAUAAAGAGGGUCAUUUACUGCAGGCUUUUGGCUUGUUGCUCCACCAGUAGCACAGAAAACAAGUGGGAAAUGAAAACUUAUUUGUGGAGCCUAGCUUCACUUAGUUUCAAGCUAUAAAAAUUACGACGUUUUUUGCGCAAUCAUAAAUUAAUUUCACUCCAACUAAUCCAGACACAAGACUCAUUCUGUGGGUUAUUUUGAGACGUGUGCUUUUUAUACUUUCAUAUAUUUGAUAAAAAUUGAAGGGAACCUCAAAAUUCUGACAAUUAAUUAUCCUUUAGAGACGAGAAACAAUCACAAAAACGAAAACGUGUUGACAGCGCCACCUCGUGAUCCAUCGAAUAAUAGACUUUCGAAACAAGGAAAUUAUUCUAAGCCGCGGGGUAUGAGAAAGGAAGUGAAUUCAGAACGAAGAUAGAACAAAAUACUACACAAAUCAAGUUGCUGUUGUAUUUUAUACCAUAAGUCGCGGCUGCUGCCAAGGCGAAGGCUUUAGGAAGCCUGGGACUUACAUUUAAAUCCUGAUUAAAUUGCUGGGAUGAAGAAUUUGGUAUUUCAUUUUGCUUUAUUUAAUGGCAGGUAUUGGAAAUUUCACAGUAAAAAGGAAGACAUUUUUAUUAGACAUAUAAGUGUCUUAAAGCUUCGACAGAGAUCGUUACCGCGUCCAUAAAUCUGUAUGUGUUGUCAUUUUGGUGCAGGCAGAAUUAACACUGAGCUGUUGUUGAGUAAUAGCGGCUGCUACAUCCUUCCUUUACGGCUACAGGAGUCGAUGAAGUCCGCGGGUUUUAAAUUUAGUGCGCGGCUUGUUAUGGAAGCUUAGGCCCAGAAGUUGUAGCUUAUCGUUCGAUAGAAGUUCGAACCGAGAAAGGCAACUGGUUUUUGAAAAAUAAUUCAGUGCCCAGAUAUUUAAAAAACAAAAGGGAUAUCUGUUAAGUUCGCGAUUUGGAAACAUUUUGAAUCAAUUCGCGUGUGUAGUGUUGACAGCUAGCUGACUGACGUUGGUUAAGUUGACUUUUGUAUUUCGGAGAUUUACUUCGCACAACUGAGGAUCCAACAUAUAUGUUUUGAAAUGAAACUUCUGGAAAAUUCAAGUUUUGAAGCCAUAAAUUCCCAACUCACGAUUGAAACGGGAAACUGUCAGAUAAUCGGACGGAUUGAGAGCUACUCGUGUAAAAUGGCAGGCGAUGACAAACAGAUGUUCAAGCAGUUUUGUCAGGAGGGUUUGCCGCACGUCCUGGAGGCGCUGUCCCCACCACAGACCGCAGGAGCCAGCCCCAACAAGCUGAGUCAGAGUGGGCAGAGCGGGGAUGAGGGCGAAGGGCCCCUAUCGGACAAGUGCAGCCGGAAAACGCUCUUCUAUCUGAUUGCCACUCUCAACGCCUCCUUCCGUCCCGACUACGACUUCAGUCGCGCCAAGAGCCACGACUUCAGCCGGGAGCCCAGUGUUAAUUGGGUGUUCAACGCGGUGAACAGCAGCCUGUCCUCUGCCGCGGGAGCUGAGUUCAGCCGAAUGGAACCCCAGCUGUGGCAAGCCAUCGACGACGAGAUCUGCCUCUCUGAAUGUGACAUCUACAGCUAUAAUCCGGACCUGGAUUCAGACCCGUAUGGAGAAGAGGGGAACCUUUGGUCUUUCAACUACUUCUUCUACAAUAAGAGGUUGAAACGGAUCGUGUUCUUCACCUGUCGGUCAGUCAGUGUUUUCGUGGCCCCGCGAGACUCGGGCAUCGAUGAUCUGGACCUGGAGCUGGAGGAGGGCAGCUAUGAGGAGGAGAACAUGGAUGAGGAGCGGUACGGCGCACUGUGCACCUGAGGAACCAGGGGAGGGAGCGCUGUGAAAAGAUGGGCUCUCAGAGCUCUGUGUGAAGCUGCAGCUUCAGCGUCAGGGACUUCUCUUUGUUUCAGCUUCCCCUACAGCAAGGCCGGCGUUCGAUUCGUUUCCCGAUUCGUUCAGUUUGUUCGAUUCGUUUCCCGAUUCGUUCAAUUUGUUCGAUUCGUUUUCCGACUCCUUUCCUAUUGGAAGCCCGUUACUGCGUGCAGCGGUUGCAUGUUGACGUCACAUUUCUGAAGCUAAAAGCUGUUCGAAUUGGGAACUUCCUCAUUCUUUUUUAUCUUAAAUUAUUCCACCUCGUACUUUGGUUUCGUUUUGAUUAUGUCCUGCGGAUUUUUUUGUUCUCCUUCAUUUCACUGAGGAGGAAAGAUUUUGUAAUGCAGUGUGAGGCAGAAUUUCCACUGCCAGCUACCCUAUGUACCCCAUUCUGUGUACCUUUCUGUGCACAAAUAUAUGUAUUUUAUUCUGGUCUGCACUGUUUGUUGUUUUGACUGCCGUGGUCAUUGCAACCAAUUUUUCACAAUUUAUUUCCGAAGAGUAUUCAACCUCCUGCAAGUAUUUUGUUUUUUUUUCCCUACACAAAAAAGCUUUAUCAUUCCAUGUAGCUUUGUCUUUGUCUUUUGCAAGGUCACCAGAAAGUGUAUUCUUAUCAAGUGUAUUUAUAUGUUACUUUAUGUAAGACAGACAGUGGGAGCUCUUGUAUGGUAGAGCAUGCAUACGGACCAUUUUGUUUGCUUGCUGUUACAUGUGUUGGACACUAGGUGUCGUGACACGCCUGUUCCGUGUGUAUCAGCUUGCCUUGGUGCGUGCUUUAAUUGUGCUCACCAUGCACACCUGGUGGUGUGUGCCUUCAUUUUAAAAUGCCAGUUUGACAACUGGCUGAACUGGGGUUAAAAGGUUCCUACUUUCUGAUUUUUUAAUCAGGUGAUGGAUGCACAGUGCAAUUGAAUAUAGGAUUAUUAACCUAAUAUAUAAAAGUAUUUCAAGGUGUGAUAUACUGAGCUUUUACACCAAGAGCAAGCAUUUUUUUUUUUUUUUAGAGUCGCUGGUAGUUCAUUCAGUCUUUACCUUUUAAUAUGCCAGCAGAACAAUUUCAUAAUUUUUUUGGCCAUCUUCACUUGUUUUAUUUGCUGUGUUCUUGACAAGGCAUGGUUUUCAAGGCAGUUGGCCAUUCCCCCAUUUGAGUUUAGAGACUCAAAAUUGGCAUGCGAAAAUAGAAGAAAACAUCAGAGGAAAUGGAUGCUUUUGUGUCUAAAUUUUCUAGGCCGUCCAUGUUCUGAUGCAUAUCCAGAUCAGCAUGUGCUCUUGUCCCUGGCUGUCACAGCCCUGUUGUAUGUCCUGGGUUUUUUUUUUUUGUUUGUUACGUCACCAGAGUCCUCGUUUCAUUUCACACAGCCAAGUGUCAUUCUUAGACCGGGAGCUGAGUUUCACGUAGUUGCAGUGUGUGGAAGCAAAUGGAUUGGGUGCACAUGCUCAACAGCGAGUUGAGUAAAUUAUAACUGUGUACCUUUGAGAGCCACCUGACCCAUAGAAUUGCAUUUCAUGUGAAGGAGGAAUGUCAGUCAGUAAGCGAUGCUGUGAUUGGUGAAGACGGCACCAGCCUCGUAGCAUGUAGGUAUACUACAGGCUAGCUGGCUGACAACACGUUACCCUCAGCCUUGUCUUUGGGCAUUUGGUUCCUCAUUAUUUUUCAGUUUAGCUGGCAAACCUCUUGAACUUGCUGGUUAGCUGGCUAAGAAGUUUUCCAUAGAUUUGCACAAUUGGUAGGCCUGCGCAAGCUUCUCGUCCAUUAGCUCAGCGGAUUCCAUAUCGCUACAGUCCUUAUGCCAUACGUCACACUCUGGUGACAAAAACAUUCCUAGUAAGUCUCAUUUUUAUACACUAGUUAUCUCUUUGUUACUUCAGCACCAAAGCUCGCUGUCAUAAUAGCCUAUUGACUAAAAAGUGUUUAUGCGCUGGACUAACACGUGCAUGUCAAGUUAAGUCCACCUACAGUAUGUUCUGGUAUUUGUGUGGUGAUGCUUUUGAGAAGCCGAUUUCAAGCGGCGGCAUUCAUAUAGUCGAUUUGAAUUCUGCUGUCUGGCCAAAACGUUUUGUUAGCCAUUUUUUUUCGCACCCUUUCCCACACGUCUUUCCUUAUGGCUGAAAGCAUUUGAAUGAAAUCCUGCUAGUCGUGAAACCACUUGGACACGAUUCACAGUGUGGAACUGCCUGCAGCAGGAAGACUAUGCUGUAGUUAUAUAGGCAAGAUUCAGUCUGCCUCUUAUAGAAGCUUGUGAACCGCUGCCCAAAAAAAAAAUAAAAAAUCAUUUAUAAGCUCCGCCCUUUUACAUAAUUUUAUUUUUGCAUUGUUAUGUUUGUUUAAGUAGUGGAUCACGGGUGUUAAAAGCUUUUGUUAAUCGGGGUCUUUUAAGUUAUGCUAUGUAUUUGCUGACUCAAACAAGCAGACAGGCCCAAUACGGCAUGUACCUGUUUCUCACUGGAUUUCACGUUUGCACAAAAUUGUGAGAGAUUAUGGGAAAUGUGUGCUAAUAGUUGUGAAUUGUGGGUGACUCAUUUGUUGUUCAACUGAAAUAGUUGUGUUAUAAGGCUCAGCUUUUUUGCAUCAGUAUAGACUAGCGUAGGUGUGGUAAUGUCUCUAGUGCCAGUAUCAGCCCGUUAUUGCCGAUUGUGUUUGCUGUUAGGCUUUUGUCUUGUAGGGAAUGUCGACUUACUACAAUCUUUAUUAUCAGAUUAGGUUUAUGUACUGACGCAGAUUCCAGUAGCGUGUAAAUGUUAAAAGGUCGGGUGACUAAUGAACGUGAUGUUUAAGUUUAAAACAUUUCAAAGACGAUAGAUUUCCGCACGCUUUUUUUUCGCCAACUUUUGAAUUCACGUGAAAUUCGCUCUCUCUACUUUUUUCAAAUAAAGACGCAAACGUGAACGUCGGGCCAGUUCAGCGUACGCUCAGCCCGAUCUUCCACGCUUCGCCUCGUCAAACCGGAGAAAGGUCCACCUUGGUUCGACGCCCCGGUCCUUCGUGUUUCCUCGGGGUUUAAAUCCGUUUCAUCCGGCGGACCCGUACGUUGUUAAAAUCGGCCCGUGACCUGUAACGUAGGGCGAGUCAGAAUAAUGUGCACGAGCAGUAGCCUAAAUGAGCGCUGUGUAAGGACGGCCAGAUCCCACAUACGCAUUGCUCCUUCCUGAGGAAUGUGCAGAGAACAGAAGGGAGGCAGUAGCACGCUGUGUAGGCUGGAAUGCCUCCUCCGAGAAGGUCACCGCGAGGGACAUUCUGUUAUUCAUUGGAGGGAAGAAUUUGAACCCUCUAUUCAGCAUUUCAUCAUUAUAGUAUAGUGUGGGCUACAGUAUAUUUAACCAGCAUUGUUAUAUUCAUACAAUAUUUAUCCCAGCCAGGUGUUUUACAUAUUCAGUCAAAGCAGAGUCUUGUAUUCUCAGGGAUUGUAAAAUGGCUUGGUGUAUAAUUUUUUUUUUUUGUUCUUCACAAAUUGGUUAGAGAAGAAACACCAAACACAAUGCAGAAAGUUUCUUUUUAUUUGCAGUAAAGCUACACCACUGAAACAUUUAAUUGCUUAUAAAUUUUUUUAUUAAUACUCAUGAAGCUUGCUGGCGCUGCAUUUUGUGGUUUCAUUACUUAGGUUUGCUAUUGUAAGCGAUCACGCCAUGUUGAAUAAAUGUGUUAACUGAAUUGUCUGUAUUGUGAUUUUAAAAAAAGAAAAUUAGUAUAUUUAAUAAAAUUUCAAUAAUCAAGAACGUUUUAGCCUUUACAUUCACUUAGAGGCCCUUAGUUAGGUAACUGAUAAACAAUUUAUGGUGUUGGUUUAAACGCAUUGUAAAUUCCAAAUGGUGAUUUGUGGAAACAAAGGUGGCUACUAAAAUGGAAAACAGUUUGCCAGAAAGAAAAAGAAAAAAAAGCAAUGUAAACAGGCCAACUAUUAAAUGUAAGGCCCUCUGCCUUUGGAAUGUGGUGACGGUCGUUGUUGCCUGCGUGAGAACGCAUUCAAACCGCACUGCACCAAGGCGACCGGGGGCUGGCGCGGUCCCUCUUUGUCCAUGAAAGACCUCCGCAUGCAUGCGCUGGAGCGUAACGCAUUGCACAAACUGCCCUCUUAUUUUAUUCUUUUUUUUUCUUUCUUUUUUUUUUUUUGGAAAGCCGUUUCGAAAGAGCAGCAUGUGGUGUUUUGCCUCUUUAGCAUGUGCGGUUCUUGUAACUCUAAACAGGCUCUUUGACCUUAAGGUCGCCCUCGCAUUGAGCAAGCAUCAUGAGUUCUGUUUGCUCACUCUCUGAAUGUUUCCUGUCUCUCUGUUUCACUAUGAAGGCAUUCUGCGUGGGAGAGUGUCAACUGAAAGCUUAUUGUCAUUAAGUUUUAGGGGGGUGGGGGGAGCUUAAUAAUACCAACCCCCCCACCCACUAACUCAUGUGAAACCGCUUUAUUACUAAUAUUGUGGGUUUUCAUUGAUGCAUCACAAGCGGAAUUCUUACAAUACUUGCUUUAUUGACAAUGCCUGGUGAGCUUCAUUCAAGACUACCUCUUAAUGGAACUGAAUUAUGUAUUGAAUUACGUUUUGAAGGAACUAAUAGGUCCAGAGAGGGGAACAGUCGGUAUGUAUGUGGAAAUAGCGCUGCUCAGUGGAGAAACUGGAAAGUCCUGUAGCAUAAAUCUGAUGUUCCAUGGUCCUAGUGCCAUUGUAGAUUCAACGGUGCUGAUUGGAUCUAAAUGCAAGCUUUAACGAACUCUAUCAUUAGCCGAGGUUUGGUUUCCACUCAUUUCAAUCCGUUUGCCCACAGGGCUAAUAUGGAACAUUCCAGCAACCUUUAAAUGUCUUGGCCUAAAAAUAAUCUGCAGUUAUCUGCAGUUUCUCACUGUGUUUCAUAAUGCCUUUCUUUCAGGACACAUUCUGUCAUGCCUAUUAUGUCUAUGACUUGACAAGGCAUACUUACAGGAAAAAUAAUUAGGCAGAGAGCUGGUCUGCGGUUUCUCCAUAUAGGCUUAUCUUGAGUGAAUUUUUACAUGGACACCAGGUGGAAUCCAGCGCAUGCAAGAAUUUUUCACUCACCAUGCCAUAACUGGGUUAGCCAUGUAACUGGAUUAUCUGUGCGGACAGUAAUAAGCAUACAACCUGCAUGCCUGUGUGUGACCUCUAAGGCUCCAUGGGCUUGAUUUACUAAGACCUUCAGCACACGCAAAACCAAUAACAUGACCAAUGAUUGGUCACGGUAUUUGUUUUGCACCUAUCAUUGGGUGCGUUGUUAGUUUUGCGUGUGCGAAAAGGUUUCGCGCGUGCCAAAGGCCUUCGUAAAUCAGUCUGCUCAUUGUUCCUAAUAAACGCAUUUCCUGGUCACGCUUGUACAGUGAAUCAGCUCUGCAUGCUGGGUAAUUGAUUUUUUAUGGCCGGGAAUAAAUGGCCUCCCAUUCCCUAUCAAAGGAAAGUGAGUAAGUGGUGGCGAAUGGAACGCAGGGUCAACUGAAGAGAGAAAAACAACUUGAGGCUAACAUGCUAAAACGAGCGCAUUCGGGUCGUGAGACGUGAAGGAUGGAACUGUAAUUAGAGGGGUUAUUUUCCCCCCCUCUGGAAUAAGGCAUUAAAUGACUGGAGGGAAAGGAAUGCGGUGUGAUGAAAUGCGUGCAGACUUCCUGCUUUAACGGCGGGGGCCUUGGCGGCUGCGGCACCGAGCCGCGCGUCCCGCAGCGGGAGUUUCGCAGCGGCCGAAAAACGCGGCGGGGUUCAGCGGAAGUCCCGCGCUUAUCGCAGCAAGAAUCCGGCAAGACUGCGACUGCUUCGCUUUGUUUUUCAGCUUUUAUUAUUGGCAACAACAACAAAAAAAAGUUAUUUCAAAACAAAGAACAUCCACCCUCCCCUCAUGAACAAAGAAACUGUAGUGUGCAUUUUUCUCUGUCUAAUUUACAAAAAAAAAAAAGAACAAAAAAACCAGUAUUUACAAAAUUCACAAAAGUUUUUUUUUUUUUCUUUUUACCAGAGAAAGAACCGAGACUUAGCGCCACCCUAAGAGCUCAGCUUGCACUCCUGACUUUUAAUGCCUCGUUCUGUUUCUUCAGGUCCAAGACCGUAAUACCUCUUUGCCCACAGACGGGACGGGGGGGGAGACAGUAAAACUCUGGUAUCCUUCUGGUUCAAACCCACCCCCCGCUGUACACGUUCAUACAGACAGAAAGCAAGUCGAGCAGAAGUUGUCUGUAGUCAUUGCGCAACUUUUUUAUGGGACCUAUGACAGCGUGCGUACAAUGACACAUCACAAGUUCUUCAUAAAAAUAAAAAAAACCCAGAGCUAGACCCUGUGUCUGAGAUUCAUAGUUCCUUUCAAUGUUUUUUUUUUUUUUUCUU